AUGAAUUUACUACAGUCACUUGAAGCUCUUAAUCGAUCGCUUGAUCAACUGAUUGCCGAAAGUAAAGGUGAGCCCAAUGGUAAGGUUGAUGUCACUUCAAUCUCAUUUACACCACCGAGGGAAAUUAAUAAAUCAAUCGCAGUGCUUGGUAUCGGUUUAAUUGCCAUGGGUGAAGAUGUCGGAAUGUCAAUGGCCAAAAGGGUUUUACAGCAAAUCCUAUUCAAUGGUUCACCUUCAGCUAAACGAUUGGUGCCAAUGGCGUUUGCUUUACUUUCCCUUUCGUAUCCAGAUCAAGAAAUUUUGACAACAUUGGAAAAAUAUUCACGAUAUCAAAUGAUCUCAAUGUCAAUAAAUUCAAUUAUCGCACUUGGAUUGAUUGGUUCGGGUUCUUUGGAUUAUAAAUUGUCGAAAAUGUUGGACAGCCUAUUUGAACACUACGAUGUUGGUCCAGCCUUUUGUUUGGAUGCUCUUAUACUGACCAAAGGUUUACUUCAUCUUGGUAAAGGUUUAAUGACUUUGAAUCCAUUUUCUUAUGACAAUCAAUUGCUAUUUCCAACUGGAUUAGCGGCCAUUCUGAUAAUUGCUUUCUGCUCUCUGGAUAUUAAACAUACUCUGCUUGGUUCAAAGCUCAAUCAAUUGAUUUAUUAUCUAACUCCAGCGGUUAGAACUCGAUUUGUUGUUACAUUGGAUGAGGACACUUUGAAACCCGUUGAGAUACCGUUAGGAGUGGGACAGGCCUUGGAUACCGCUGGCCAAGUUGGUAAAUUACGAUUGGCAACAAUUUCAUCAACUCAAAAUUCACCAAUCAUUUUGAAAGAUCAUGAAAAGCUGAAAUAA